GAUCACUGACAGAAUCUGUCUUAAAUAUCAGCCAUCCUUCUAUCAAAAUGUUAAGAAGUACAUCCGAAGACAUGGAUAUUAAUAUAUCGUUCAUCUUUUGCCUUCAUUUCAGAAAUUUAAAGCUCCCAUCCAUCCCUAAUCUACAAUGGCCGAGGAAGGCAUAGCUGCCGGAGGUGUGAUGGAUGUCAACACCGCCCUGCCCGAGGUGCUAAAGACCGCACUCAUCCACGACGGUCUCGCCCGCGGUAUCCGUGAGGCCGCUAAGGCACUAGACAAGCGUCAGGCUCAUCUUUGCGUCCUGGCUGCAAACUGUGACGAGCCCAUGUAUGUCAAGCUGGUUGAGGCGCUCUGUGCUGAGCAUCAGAUCAAUCUCAUCAAGGUUGAUGACAACAAGAAGCUUGGCGAGUGGGUUGGUCUGUGUAAGAUCGACAGAGAGGGCAAACCCCGUAAGGUUGUGGGCUGCAGCUGUGUGGUCAUCAAGGACUACGGCAAGGAGUCCCAGGCUAAGGACGUCAUUGAGGAGUACUUCAAAUCCAAGAAGUAAAGCAACAAAUAAAAUCGAUUGAAAAUGAAA